AUGGCCAGCUGGGUGUUCUGUAAUCGCUGCUUCCGUCCGCCCAGCCAGGCCGCGCGCUUCAGCCUCACCAGCUGCGGCCACGUGUACUGCGCAGGCUGCCUGAGCAGAGGUAAAAAGGAUGAAUGCUUGAUUUGUAAAGUUCCUUGUCAUACAGUUUUGCUUUCAAAACAUACGGACCCAGGCAUCCAGGCGCUCUUCAUGGACAUAGACAGUCUGUGCAAGACCUACUCCAGAGAGACUUCCCAGAUUUCAGAAUUUCAAGAAAAACACAGGAAGAGACUGUUAGCCUUCUACAGAGAAAAGAUCUCCAGGCUGGAAGAGGCCCUCAGGAAGUCCGCGCUGCGGGUGGAGCAGCUGCAGAGUAUGAGAUUGUCCCAACACACAGCUUUCAGCACAAUGAACAAUACAGUUUCAACUCCUCCAGCAGCGCCCAGCGGACAGCUGCUCCCGCCCCCUGGGCCCUCCGCCUCGGAGAGAGUGGAGCCCAUGGAGGUUGACCUCACACCCUCCCCCACGAGAAGGCCUGAGCUGGCAGCUGGCCCAACCAGGAUCUCCCUGAUCAGCCCUCCUCGGGACGGACGCAUGGGCAGCGUCUCCAGCCUUGGCCCCCAGCAGUUCCGCCCGACGCCAGGUCACACCAGCCUGUCGCAGGCUCCCAGGAUUUCACCUCUGCAGAUGCCCCGCCAGGGCUCGUCCCACAGCCUCGGCCCCCAGGCAGCAGGCGGAGCAGGAGGAGGGGGCUCACCAGCCCCAGCCAGGCCGCCCAUCAGCAUCUCGGGGCUCCUGCAGAGGCAGCAGUUAGGGUCUGCCAGCCUUGGGGGGUUCUCACUGCGGAGGUGACUGCCUGCUGCACCUGCCCGGGUUCCGCAGCCCGCCCACCCGCG